AGGUGCCACGACAUCUUUAAAGCCUCACCUGACCAACAUGGAGCCAUCAGAGUGGUUCUGACCAACGGCGUGGCUGGUGUUGGAAAAACCUUCUCAGUGCAGAAGUUCACUCUGGACUGGGCCGAGGGCUUGGAGAACCAAGAUGUCCGUGUGGUGGUUCUGCUGUCGUUCAGGGAGCUGAACCUGAUCAGAGGUGAGCAGCACAGUCUUCUCACGCUGCUCCAUGUUUUCCAUCCAACCCUCCAGAAGCUCCCAGCAGAGCAGCUGGCUCGCCACAAACUUCUCUUCAUCUUUGACGGCCUGGAUGAAAGCAGACUUUCUCUGGACUUCAGCCACAGUCGGCUGGUUUCUGACGUCACACAGAAGUCAUCAGUCGACGUUCUGCUGACAAACCUCAUCAAGGGGAACCUGCUUCCCUCGGCUCUGGUCUGGAUCACCUCCAGACCUGCAGCGGCCAAUCAGAUCCCUCCUUCAUGUGUUGCCAGGGUAACAGAGGUACGAGGCUUCAGCGACGCCCAGAAGGAGGAGUACUUCAGGAGGAGGUUCAGUGAUGAAGAGCUGUCCAGCAGAAUCAUCUCCCACAUCAAGACCUCCAGGAGCCUCCACAUCAUGUGUGGAAUCCCAGUCUUCUGCUGGAUCACUGCUACGGUUCUGGAGAACAUGUUGACCACAGAGCAGAGAGGAGAGCUGCCCAAGACCAUGACUGACAUGUACUCUCACUUCCUGCUGGUCCAGACCAGGAGGAAGAAGAAC